GCGUCAACUGCCGCUGGAGAGUCAUGUGCAUCGCACCACCCUCCCGGCUGUGCUUAACAACCCCUUCUUUGCGUGGCUUUACCACGUUCCCUACUUCUCGUUAAAAGUUAAGUCCGGAAUUACAAAGUAUUUUUGAAGUGCGCCAUUAUUUACGUUGCUAGGUCAUUUGCGCGUGAGCUUUCAAAUGCUUUCUUGAUAUCGUAUACUUACAAUUAGUGUAAUAAAGCUCUUGUUGCGCCUUUUUGCUUUCGUAUGCUAGAAUGAAUGUACAUCUCGUGAAACUCGUAAUUAAUUCGAGGUUGUAAGGAUCCUAAACCUAACCCAUGACAAUCUCUUCGUGAUCGGAGUUUCGAUCUCAAGAUUAGAAGACUGGAAUUUUCGAUUUACGUAUAAGAGGUCGUGAAUGAGAGUGUACGAUCGGAAAAGCGAGCAUUGUGCGUGCGUUUUGUAGGAACGCAAUCGUUCAAUGUGACUGGCGGACGCGCGAUCUCGCGUGGUGGCGAUUUCGUUCGAAAAGCGUUCAUCCCGAGCGCGUCCCAUUUCCGGUCGUUUGCCGUUCGGAAACGUGACGAGUAUUUGCGAAGAAGUGCAUCGAUCAUGAAUUGGUGCGACGUGCGAGCUUACGCGGAUUCGAUCGACAAGUCGUCCGCACGUCGAGGAAUGUUCGCAUCGGGCGCCAAAGCAUGAGGAACGACGCAUUGACGUAAUGAUGCAGAGAGCAGUGCUGCUGCUGCUCUGUUGGCUGCCGCUCCUCAACCACUGCCACGCCGUAAAUCCAGGUUGUUCUUGUGUUGUAUACAGCAGCUCGGACAGACCUCAAGGUGGCACUUUUACAUCUCCUGAUUUUCCCAAACGAUACCCACCGUAUAUCGAUUGCCUUCUGUACACAUUUAUUGGUCAUCCAGAUGAAAUUGUUGUUCUAACGUUUCAUCAAUUCAACAUUCGUCGUACCUGGCCUGACUGUACAAGAGGAGAUUUCUUGAAGCUAUUUUUACACCUGGAAAGUAAGGGCAUUUCCGAGUACACCCCUUGGUCCGGUGUGCUUUGCGGAGAACUGCGUGACAUCCCGCAAGUUCUUUACAGCUCGAGAUCGACACUCAUUCUGGAGUUUCACACUGAAGGCCCAUCAUCUAAUACUACUGGCUUUUCCGGCACUUUUCGUUUUAUCGAUAGACGUUUAUUUGAGAUGGACGGUCUGCUGGUGCCCGGCACGAUGUGCGACCACGAGUUUGUCAGUUCGCAAUCGACGCCUCAAUACGGACGAUUUUACUCGCCGCGGUACCCAUCCUCCUAUCCGAAGAACAUCCGGUGCUCCUACCUCUUCCGGGCAAGGUUGAAGGAGAGAAUCCGUUUGGUUUUUGAGGAGAUUUCUCUGCAGAAAGGAGAUCUGAGUUGCCUGAAUAGGGCGGAUUUAAUCAGGGUGCACGACGGUACGGAUUCAGGGGCACCCACAAUAGCCGUGCUCUGCAACCAGGGAACGGAAGUGGAAGUACUCAGCACAGGACCAGGUCUCUACGUCGAGUUCGUCGCUAAUUCCGAGUGGCCGGGCCAGGGCUUCAAGGCGAUGUUCCAAUUCCAGCCAUUGGACGAUACGCUGCAUCCUGAGUCGGACAAGGUCCCAGGGGCCGUUACGGGGAACCCCAAGUACUCGGUCAUCGGACCAGCUGUCAGCGCUACUACAUCGCUCUGCGACGUGGUUUACAACAGCGAUUCAACAAAAACGGGCGUAGUUAUGUCACCUGGAUAUCCGAAUCCAUAUCCAUCCAGGACACAUUGUACAUACGACUUCCAAGGAAGAGGAAAGGAACGGGUGCAGGUGGUGUUUCAGGACUUGAAUCUGUUUCAUUCCAAGCCAAGCAAUCCAAAUGAUUGCGAAGGGGUCGAUUCAUUGGUGGCAUACGUGCAUAUAGAUGGAAAGAAGGACAAAAUAGAUUCGUUCUGCGGAGAUACACCACCGCGACCUAUCAUGAGCAACGGUCCGCGACUUUCCUUGGAGUUUCAGGGAGUAACAUCAUCUCGCCAUUCGAGAGGCUUUAAAGCGACAUACACUUUCAUGGAAAACUUCGGUAUAACGACAGGUCGGCAGGAGGGGCAGUAUCCGUGUGCCUUUGUUUUCAACAGCAACGAGACCCGGAACGGUACGUUCGCGUCGCCAAAUUACCCCGGACUGUACCCUCGUAGCACGGAAUGCUACUACUUCUUCUAUGGUCAACCUAACGAGCGGGUUCACCUUCAUUUCCACUUCUUCGAUGUCGAGGGAGUGUUACCGUGCGAAGCUGUAUCAGCGAGCGAUUAUGUUGAAUUCUCCAACUACAUGACCAGAGAUCGAAAGUAUCCGAGGCACUGUGGUCAGCUGAAAGAAUUCGACAUUUCCAGCGAAAGGAAGUUCUUCCGCGUUACGUUCAAGAGUAACGAUCGUCUCGACGCCACGGGCUUUAAUGCCAGUUACGUAUUCCUGGACGAGGAGGAAAAUUACACGAUGAAGAUACCUGCGAGCAACGGAUCGGCACGGCAGGGUGCCAUGCCUUCGCCUCCGCCGUUGUUGCUGUUGCUGCUGUUUAUGAGUUGUCUUUUCGUUGGCGGCAGAAGCUCGCAUUAAGAAAAGGCACUCGCAACGGCCACGCGGACGAGUCCUGGCUCAAUUUACAACGAACCGCAACUUUAAGAUCGAGAGCCAUCCAGAGUCACCAUAGCUCAACUCACCGAAGAAAGUGACGACCUCGUUGACAGAUUCAGUCGGGAGGGAGUGUGUUACUGAAGUCUAUUAUCCAACCGGGACACAAAGUCUUAAAUUUGUCUACGCAUCCCUUCUCAUUCUAUUCCAUUCGUCCGCGUCACGUCGACUAUUUCGAGGAGAAAGCAUCGGCGGUAAAAUACUUUUACGUCUAACAGCGUGCAAGAGAAACGACGAUGUCAUUCGUCAGGAACUCGUCGCAAGCCCUUUACCGUAAACAGGAGAAGUGGGAUUAAUUGGUUGCGUGGCUAAAUUGCCGAUAGUAGCCUACGUGGGUAAGUUACAGUCGACAACUAAUUCUUCCAAGAAGAAUUCUUACUUUUGAAAAAGUAUAAGUAAAUCUUUUUCGCGGUAGCUCGUCGCCCAAAGACAUUUUAUGACUCAUUGCCACUUCGAUUUAAGCAAAUCUGUCUUAGAUGCACGCAAUUUCUUAUCGUUGCAAUUUCAUUUUAAUCACAACUUGAAAGUUAAAUGGAGCCCGCUGCUACGAAGCAGCACUUCAAUUCUCAACGUUUCUUUCAACAUUGAAAAAAUUAUAAAUUAAACACCCCACGCGUGUUUUUUUUUAAGCCAGCCGAACAAACAUGCGCGAAGGAACACGAAUGAACAACUCGCGACGCCAUUUGUACUUAUCGAAGCAAGUUUCUCCUUCGUGUUUGUUCGCACUCGUGUACUUUAAUUGAAAACGGCUUUAAUAGAUCGUUUACUAUAUAUGAUCAUUAAAAUCUGAUUUUAUUCAAUCAAUGGUUUUUCUUCUCCUCUUGUGGGAAACGAAUCUCUUAAGUCAUCGUAACUGUCUGUCCAUGUAUCGCUCGAAAGUCAUACAUACCGUAGGAAAAAAAAAUCGCCUUCACAAAUACACUACGGACAGACUUUUACUGUACAUCCUCUAUACGACUGUGAUGUUCCCGUUCUUUCUUAGUUUAUUAGAGACAAAAAAAGUCUGAUCAUUCGCGAUAGCGAACAUUCGUAAUCGAUAAUUAGGUCCUGGAGAUACUAUUAAUCGCCGAUCGCAAUCAUGGAAACUUAGAAAGCGUAUAGUUAAGUAUUUAUCGUCAAAAGUCCUGUUUUAACGCGCGAACGUUAAAUUAACAGGAAAAUUGCGUAAUAAUUUCAAAUUUCGGAUUUCGAAUCCAGUGAGAAUACGUAAUCGACACGUUUAAUAGAAUAUAUGAGAGCGAUUAACGAUUGUAAUUCUUAAAAAUGCGCGUUCGGUUGAGCGAUUUCGGCGAUGAAUGUUUCAAUAAUGAGCAAUACGUGAUCGACCGAAUUUACGGGCUAGUGAUGAUUAAAGAGGGAUAUUUUGGAAACAUUUUUUGAGCUUGUGGACUGCAUCAAUAUUACACAAUUCGAUAUCACGGAUGGUAACUACUAAUUUCUUCCAGUUCGUAUUUCAUUAUGAUAUAAAGAAUCGAUUGAAUUCAAUAAAAAUCGCAUUAGUCAAAAAAGAAAUUUUUUUUUAAAUUAAAUCGAUACAUCUACAUGAGGAAGAAUUGAAUAUAAUAAAAUAUAUCCUUGUGAUCUAAUUUUAUACCGGAAUCAAUUUAGCACUAAUUAAAUUUUUAUUGCUCUAAAGUUGAUUUUACAAUAUAAUUUUUUAAAGGUGUAUGUGGAAUGUUAUUACCAUUUGUCUUGUUAAAGCAGGACUUUUAACUAAUUCUUUGACAAAUUAAACAAAAAUUUAUCACAAAGAGAAAAAUUAAUAAGCGUCCUUUAUUUAUUGGAAUUUGAUUAUUUGUGCAAUAUACUAUUUUAGAUUAACAAUUAUAAAUAUAUCAUAUAUUAAACCUAUAUUAAGUAAAAUUUUAUUUGAAAUUAACUCAAAUAUAAUUAUCAAUUCUAGAUCAUUUCUUAGAAUUCUUAGUUUUUAAUUGAUAAUAAAAAUUAUUUAUAAAAUUAUUAUCAUUAAUUUUUUAUGAAAUAAAAAUUAAUUUCUAAUUCCUCAGCUAAUAUAAGAAAGACGAUAGACAGUAAAAAGUUUCUAUUUGUGUAUUGUAAAUAACUUUUUUUAAUGCAUAAAUUAAAAAUACAAAACUAAUUCAU